GUCAGAUGUCAAAUGUCAAUAUCAGAUUGUUUUUGAGCGCGUCGCGGCAUCUGCGCUGAUUGCAUAGCUGGGAAUUCGAUUCAUUCUUAUUUUUGAGUGUUAGAUUGGUAAACUAAAACAUUAUCAGAAUUCUAAUAAAUAGGAUAACAGUGACAAUACCAUAGUGUAAGUGCCCAUACCUACUGAUCAUGGCUGGACCUGUGCAAGACGUUGUGGAGGAAGAUGCAGCAGACCUACUGUUUCCGAAAGAAUUUGAAAACGCAGAAACAUUGUUGAUAUCUGAAGUUGACAUGUUGUUAGAACAUAGAAAGGCACAGAAUGAGUCUGCUGAAGAGGAACAAGAAUUCUCAGAGGUUUUCAUGAAGACGCUCACUUACACCAACAUGUUCAAAAAGUUUAAAAACAAAGAAACUAUAGCUGCAGUUAGAAAUCUCCUUCAAUCCAAGAAGCUACAUAAAUUUGAAGUAGCAAGCUUAGCAAACCUCUGUCCGGAGACACCAGAAGAAGCCAAGGCACUCAUACCAUCACUAGAAGGAAGAUUUGAAGAUGAAGAACUAAGAAUAUUGUUAGAUGAUAUACAAACUAAGAGAAGUUUACAAUACUAGUGGAAUUAUAUGUAAUUUUAAUUAUGAAUUUAAUCAACUUUCAUUGCGUGGAGACUGAACUUUAAUACAUUUCCAGAUUCACUUAUUCAUCCUUUUAUUCUACUAUAGUUGCCACUAUUACAGUUUUACAUAGUGAUCUGGCACCAAGUAUUCUUUCUGCUUGUGUGAAAAGGAUCUACAUUAUAAAUGGAACUGUUCAUUGCUAGCGUAAGCACAUUAUAACAUUAUAAAGACGAAAGUGAUGUCUGUUGAUUCUUCUUGUGCAAACAACUGAAUGGAUUUUGAUGAAACCUAGCAGGCAUAUAGCGUAUACAUAGAACAGAAGUGAUUCGCGCAGGAAGCAGGUGAAACAAUAAAAAGGCUGCAGUUUUUAAAUCAGUCUGUAUAUUGGAUAUGUCUGCAAUACAGCAAGAUACAUUACAGUGAAAACAGAUAAAAGUGAUAAAAUAUUGGAAACAAAAAUAGUAAUUAGAAUUUCUUCUCUGAAACAAAACUAUAAUAAAACCAUUCUUAUUAUUACUUAAAAGUAGAUACUAUUAAUAUUGAUGUUAAUUAAUGCCUCUAACUAAACAAGCCCUUUGUUGAACAUUAUUUGUAAAAAAACUAAAGGAAUUUUUAUAUCAAUAAACCUCAACAAUUUUAGAUAACUUAAAACUCAACAAUCCUUCGAUAAUUUUUCUUAAUUUCUAAUUUUGUUGCCUAAACAUUAUUUUUAACAAAAUGCCGAACAAAAGGCUUGCUUGAAUUAUAAACUUAUCUCAAUGGGCACUUUUGGUUUAGUUUAAAUGUUAGUAUUUAAUCUAAUAUUGUAUUAAUAAAAAUUACAAACUUA